GGAGACGCCAGAGCUCUGAGCAAAUCCUAGCGCACAGAUCCGAAGCAAGACUCGCACCAAUCGCCAUGGAAUCAGCGACGGCUCGCAGAAGCGGUGGUGGCCUCUUCGAAGGUCUUUACAGGGUCAUCAUGCGCCGCAACUCCGUCUAUGUCACCUUCGUCAUCGCCGGCGCCUUUCUCGGCGAGCGGGCUGUGGAUUAUGGAGUUCAUAGGCUAUGGGAGUACAACAAUGUUGGGGUAUGUCACCUGUUUAACGUUUGUCCGUUGUAUUUCUUUUUUGGUGCUUUGCAUGCACUCACUGAUUCUAUGUAUAUGAGUUUGUGAUCCAUCUCUUGUGUUGCUGAUUAUCAAAAUAUGGGGGCUUGAACAUUUUACAUGUGUAUCUCUGUGUAUUAUUGGUUUACAUAUUUUGUGAAAAAUUAUAAUUUUAGUUCCUAUGUGUAGCUUCUACCUAUUCUUUUGCUUCUAUAGAGAAUUGUUGCUACAUGGCCAGAAGUAUGCCUAUGUUCAUUAGACUGACAGAUGCAUGUUCAGAAUUAGAUAUUUGCUAGUGAAAUGGCCUUUUCUAGAGAAAUAUUGUACGAGUCUGGGGCAAAAUGAUGUGUUGUAUUUGCUUUCUGCAUCC